UUCACUGUAUUUUUAAUUCAUAUUUGAAUUUACCUCUCAAACCAAGUGUACAACAACAACUUCAGGGGUUUUUGAUCGACAUUUAGGGGUAUUUGAAGUUGGUCCUAGGGGGAACAUUUUGUAGGAGUUGGCAACCCUGGCUCAAAGUCUCAAAGUUCAAACUUCAAACACAUUGGCGUGUGUGGGGCUCUCAGUAGAUGUAUGUAACGGCUGAUAAUUUAAAUUUGAUUAUUUUUCCGAGUUUAACUUUAGUCAUAGAUGUCCACGCUUCAAAUAUUGCAAAAUUUAUGAUAAUGGAUACAAAAAAAGAUCAUGUAAACCAGAAAACACGUUUCCUAGCUCUAUCUUUAAAGAAAAAUAAAAUACAUAAAGAGAAGAAAUUAGAGAAACUAAAUAAUAGUUCUGAUGUUAUUAUUAUCGAUGAGUCGUUUGAAAGACUACGGUCAGACUUUCCAAAACCCUGUGUACCUCAGAAAAUAUACUCACCCAUAAUAUUAGAAGAGUCCAAUGAUUUGACAAAUGAAGAACUAUUGUUAGAUAAAGAUAAUAACUCAAGCAAGUCAGGAGAGGUAUCUCUUGACUUAUCAGCAUGUUCUCCAACACACAAUAGUUCACAUCCUAGAUGCAAUGGAUGGUCUCCUGCUCAGGACUUCUUUUGUGCUAGACCUAGAACUGAACCUCAACCAUCUACACCAGCUGAUAUUCUUAAUGAAUCACAAGAGCAAUGUUCAAAGGAAAAAAUUACAAAAUCUCAUCAUAAGCUGCUUUCUGAAUUAUAUGGAGAUGAUAUAUGGAAUAACUUUAGAGCACCCAAUGGUGUGUCAAAAAAACUUUUGUAUGAGGAUGAGGAUAAAGAAAACAUCCGAUCAGUAAUUAAAAAAAACAAAGAGUUAUAUUUAACAGAUUCAGAAAGAAAAAAGAAAAGUGAUGCAGAAAGUUCAGACAAAAAAUCUAGAAAGAAAUUGUAUACAGAAAUGGUAAGUACUCCUGAGGUGCCAAAAGCAAAAAUCAAUAUCCCAUGUGAUGUUAAAACAACUGUAAAGAAAAAUUCAAAAGCAAUGACGGUUACAGAAUUGGUACAGAUAAUGGAUGAUGAUUUAAGAGAUAAAGUCAGACUUGAUAGCAAUAUUAAAAAGAAUAAACUUCUGAAAGAUGAAGAUUUAACUAGAGGCUGUAAUGUUAAAGAUAAAAAAGUUUCAGAAUUGGUAGAUGCUUGUUUGAACAAAGUUAAGGAAAACAUAUCAGAAAAAACUAGUAGCAAUGGUUUGACUGAAAGACCGAAUCAAACAUCUACUAAGAAAGAAAAAGUAGAUAUUAAUAAAAAGAAAGGGAAUAUUAAUGUUCUGACAAAUAGGCUCAAACUUUUGGAUGUUUGCCACACACCUGAGACAAAACGGUUGAGUUUUGUAGCAUCUUUAGCUGAUAAUGUACCUUCAUGGCGGUGUCACCCCGAAGCUUUGCAGUACCAUGACAAAUACAAGACUCUCAGGGAACAAUUAGCAAGACGACUGUACUCAGAAUUUAACAGAGAGGUGUUUGGAAACAAGUUGGACAAAGACAUGCCCUUGAUUUGGGACACAAAGUUGAGGAGUACGGCUGGGACAACGACAAACCGCCUGAUAAAGAAGUCAACGGGUGAGAAAUUGCGCGUGUCGAGCGUCAAGUUGUCGACGAAAGUGUUGGAUUCGGCUCAAAGAGCUCGAGACACGCUAAUCCACGAAAUGUGUCACGCGGCCACUUGGAUCUUGGACGGCGAACUCAAGGCUGGCCAUGGGCCGUUGUGGGUCAAAUGGUGCAAAGUGGCGCUGCGAGUUUUUCCCGAAUUAGAAGAAAUAUCUCGAUGCCACGAACUAGAAAUCCACUACAAAUACAGCUACAAAUGCCAACAAUGUGGAUACAGUAUAAAACGCCACUCAAAAUCAAUAGACGUAACGAAAAAGUGCUGCGGUUACUGUCGCGGUACUUUUGAAAUCAUUGUAAAUAAAAAAAAUAAAGAUGGCGUCGUCGUAUCUACUCCGGCACGUUCCGGUAACACCAACGAAUUCGCACUUUACGUUAAGGAGAAUUAUGGAUCUAUUAAGAAAUCUGGACAAACUCACGCGCAGGUUAUGAAGCUUUUAGGGGAACAAUUUUCCGUUAAGAAAAAGUCAAAAGGUUCCGAUAAUCUAUGACGAUUCCAUAAUGGUCUGAGAGUAGAAUAUUAUUUAAAUCAAUUAUUUUUAUAAUACAAAAUAUAUAAUACAGUUUUGAGUAAGUGUACAUUUAGCGUUAUAUUAUGAAUUAUCACGUUUUGCGAGUUUUUAGUAGAAAUGACAGAAUAUUUUAAAGUAAAAUAUUAUUUUUUAAAUUCAUUUAAUAACGCAGCUCUGAAGUUAAGUAUCUUUACACUAAUUUGUUUACGACUUUUUUAUUACUUAUCAAGGUUAAUUUAUAUUAAAACUGUUUAUAGGCAAGAUACAAGAUUUUUUUACUACAGGUUUGACAGCAGGUCUUCAGCUAAGUAGGUAAUGCAGUUGUAUAUAAUUAAGGA